UUGUCGGCGUCGUCCCUGUUUUGAUGACGCAGCUACGCACAGCCGUGCUAUUUUGCGAGAGAUGGAGUCAAGCGGUCACACCAAUGCGUUAACAUUAGUGACAAACGAGGCCGUAGCCGAUGUAAAGAGGAUUUGUAGUUGAAAUAGUGCAUCGAUCGCAGAUGAAUGCUAUUUAGACGGCCAUGACUGUGAAGGAAUAGUUUUAUGCUAAAUAAUUGGUUCCUUUACAGCUGAAGCGCUGUAUCAACACAAAGGCCUGUAUAGCUAGUUAGCGUUAGUUCCUCAGCUAGCUAGCAAGUGAUUUAACGCCAACCUCAGCUGCAGCAAAUUAACAGGCGUGCUAUUUUAAUGUUUUAUAUGUAACACAGUUGAUCUGCUCCACCAACAAGACAGCUUUUGAGUAUUUUUUGGCUUCUCCACGAUAAUGGCGGAACAGAGUGCAGUGGUCAUGCAGCAGAAUUUGGACAGGAGUUGCUGGGUGUGCUUCGCCACAGAUGAGGACGACCGCACGGCAGAGUGGGUGCGUCCGUGUCGCUGCCGCGGCUCCACCAAGUGGGUUCACCAGGCCUGCCUGCAGCGCUGGGUGGACGAGAAGCAGCGGGGGAACAGCACAGCACGCGUGGCCUGCCCACAAUGCAACGCAGAGUAUCUCAUCGUCUUUCCCAAACUGGGUCCCGUGGUUUACGUGCUGGACCUGGCCGACCGGCUCAUCUCUAAGGCCGGCCCCUUCGCUGCUGCUGGCAUCAUGGUGGGCUCCAUCUACUGGACUGCUGUCACCUACGGAGCGGUCACUGUCAUGCAGUUUUCCACUCUGACCGUCCUGUCUGCUCUUCAGGUGGUGGGCCAUAAGGAGGGCCUGGAUGUUAUGGAGCGGGCCGACCCUCUGUUCCUGCUCAUUGGCCUGCCCACCAUCCCCGUCAUGCUGAUCCUCGGCAAGAUGAUCCGCUGGGAAGACUACGUCCUGCGUCUCUGGAGGAAGUACUCUAACAAACUGCAGAUCCUCAAUAGCAUCUUCCCAGGGAUUGGCUGCCCAGUUCCUCGUAUCCCGGCAGAGGCCAGCCCCCUGGCAGACCACGUGUCGGCCACACGGAUCCUGUGUGGCGCUCUGGUCUUCCCCACCAUCGCCACCAUCGUGGGGAAGCUCAUGUUCAGCAGCGUCAACUCCAACCUGCAGAGGACCAUCCUGGGAGGCAUCGCCUUUGUGGCCAUCAAGGGGGCGUUUAAGGUCUACUUCAAACAGCAGCAGUACCUGAGGCAAGCCCACCGCAAGAUCCUCAACUUCCCCGAGCAGGAGGAAGCCUGAGGAGGCCGGACGACCCACACACCCGUCGGAGGGGUGAGGCAGGGGCGGGUAUGAACUGUCAGACUCUGAGCAGGAAGUGUUGGUGAAACAGACUUAGGAUCAGUGCCACCCUUACUACCUACUCCUCCCUACACCUUGUGGAGUGACUCAUCGCACCGUCGCUGACAUUCAUGCAAGGAUCCCCACCGCCGCCGCCACUACACAUCGUUUUUAAACGUUUGACGCUUUCAUAAGGAGAAGGCGGAUGAGACUUGUGGACACAGACUGGAGCAUGUUUGCAGUCAGUGUGCAGUUACACACACACACACACACACACACACACGCAUUAACACGCACACCACAUUUCUUCCCCAAGAACUCGUGUAGGGUGGACGUGCUUCUACAAUCACAUAACUAAUACUUAUUGUAAACUUAAUGUAUUUUAAAGGGAAAAAAAUGCGGGGCAUGUUUAAUUAGUUUUAUAAUAAUAAAUAGUUGUUUUAUAAUUAUUUUGCAGAUUUGAAAAGCCCCCUUUUGCCAAUGUUAGGGGUUUAUAUUGAAUGAGGAAUAAUGUUCAGUGUGUGCAAUGUAUUAAUGAUAACAAUAAAAUGUGUUGUGAAUCAUGAUGCAGUACAUUACCCACAACCAGGAAGCAUUGAGAGAAAGUGUCUCUCUGUUGUCUCACUGAGGUUUAAUCUUAAUGCUACUCUAAAGAUAACUAUCUAAAACCUAACCCACUGACCACAGAUAGGACAUUAAUAUACAGGUGUGUUUUAGACUGCAUUAUUUGAGGGGUGUUCACAUGCCUUGGCAGUGUUCACUUUGGUUGUCUGUAGCUUUAUCUCCUUUUUUACAAAACGCUCUUACGUGAUGUUUUAAAGCUUCAACGCCCGCCACAGCGCCCCAGGUUUGGUCGAGCCUGUUGCCAUGAAGACCGUCUGAUGGGUGGACGGAGAAUAUAUGGAUGCUUUGGUCAGUGACAAAGCAUUUUGAAAGCUUCGGGUGACUCUGAUGCUGCACUUUUCACUGGGAGAUGUGAAACAAACACUUCAGCCUGGACUUUUGCUGUCGGGGUUUUAUUUAACACACACACACACACUUCCCCGUAUUUCUCCCAACACGUGAUGAUCGGACCGUGUUGCCUGAGUGUGAACUGUAGCUCAGGUCAGACUGCGCCUCUGAGGUCCUUACCACGCAAACAUAAAUGAAACUUGGACACUGGUAAAUGAAAAGGAGUCACUGGCGCAGUCGACGUUCUGGCAGGAAAUUAAAGGGUCAGUUCAACCAAAUGACAAGCCACAUUUUCCUCACUUGUUAUCUAGCUGUGCAGAUUUUAUUUGUCACCUCAAUUGCCUUUACAAAAAAAAAUACAUUUUUCAGAUGUGAUUUGGGACCAUUUCUAAAGUAAAAAAUUAAAACAGCUUUUUUUUUUUUUAAUUAGUACUGUAUCUGCAUAUGAGGUAUAUGUGAAAAUAGGGCUUUUUGUAAUUUCAGUGAACUGACUCUUUAAACAUAGCACUACAUAAUAGUAAAUAGAUUUGUUUUAAAUCAUUGGGAGCAUGAUGUGAUUUUCAAUUUCACGUUUUCAUGUGGCAGUUAUCAGAAAACUAAGCCUUAAGUUGCUGAUUUCUGCCUCUCAAAAAGGAGCUAGGAAACAUCAGUAUUUGACUUCCUGUGAAAAGGCACGACGUAUAGCCGACCACUUGGAAUAUUUAACCUGCACAUGCAAACCACAGCUUCCCCAAUACAUUCACUGUAAAAUCUCCACUCUGCCGAAAGAGACGUUGAAGUCUGAACUGUGUUGUAAAGACGUCGCUUCUGACUUUGGAGUUCUAUGGUGUCAGUUCUGUGAAUAAAUGUAUUUUUCCAACA